GUGAGCAGUGGCGUGCGUGAGGACUAGGUGAUCCCUCAUCUUUCGGCCAGCACACUAAGUGGCAGCUUCCUGGAGCUGUUCUGUUCCUUCAGGAGUGCAGCGUAUUCUGUUCAGAACCUACUGGAAAGAGCCCUGAACAGGACCCACCAUGCAGUGCUUCAAAUUCAUUAAGGUCAUGAUGGUCCUCUUCAAUCUACUCAUCUUUCUGUGUGGUGCGGCCUUGUUGGCUGUGGGAAUCUGGGUAUCCGUCGAUGGGACAUCCUUCCUGAAGAUCUUUGGGCCAAUGUCAUCCAGUGCCAUGCAGUUUGUCAACGUGGGCUACUUCCUCAUCGCGGCUGGUGUUGUGCUCUUUGUCCUUGGUUUCCUGGGCUGCUACGGUGCUCACUCUGAGAACAAGUGUGCACUCUUGAUGUUCUUUACCAUCCUCCUCAUCAUCUUCAUUGCUGAGGUUGCGGCUGCUGUGGUUGCUCUGGUGUAUACCACAAUGGCAGAAACCUUCCUGACAUUGGCAAUAGUACCUGCCAUCAGAAAAGACUAUGGUUACCAGACCGAAUUCACCCAAGUGUGGAACACUACCAUGAAAGAGCUGAAGUGCUGUGGUUUCAACAACUAUACAGAUUUUAACACCUCGCGUUUCGUUGAAGAGAAUAAACUCUUUCCUCCUUACUGUUGUCGCGGAGCUACCAAUGGCACAGCUACGCAAUCAUGCACCGAGAGCGAAGCCGAAGAAACAAAUGUACCGGGUUGUUUCAAACAGCUUCUGCAUGAGAUCAGAACCAAUGCGGUCACUGUGGGUGGUGUGGCAGCUGGAAUUGCCGCCCUGGAGCUGGCUGCCAUGAUUGUAUCCAUGUAUCUAUACUGCAAUCUGAAAUAAGCCAGUUUCUUCCUCCCCACUUGCUGCUGCCACAUGGAAGCCAAAAAGAGACAGCUAAGCAGCAGUGAUCCGGGUGGAGAUGAAAUCUAACGUCAUUUGGGCUGGAGUGGACCUGCCUUUGCUGCUCUGGACUGUGGGCUGAAUAGGGACCACCUCCUUCGGGCUGUGUUUGCCUUGUUCUCUGUUGGUGGGGCUCGGGGCGGGGGCAACAUCUGCUCCAGAGUCUCUGAAGCAGCCACUCUGCCCAUCUCCUGAGUCUCUUCUUCAACCCUUUACACAUCCUUGGUAUAAAAGUGGUUCUUGAUGAUCCCAGCACCUCACUGGUGGAUGAAGGCACUUACAGCCUGGGCAUAUUCAAGUCCAGCAAAGCCAUAGAACAGAUGUAUAGAAGGCAUUUUGGAACCUAUAAACCAAUAAAAAUACUUCUAUUUGGACUGUG